GGUAACGUCGAGCAAAGGGAGAACGAGGCGUCGAUCACCCCGAUGUCCUGGCUGUCGACUUCCUGGAGCAAGAGCCUGGACGCGGACGUGAAUAGGUUGCGCGAGGUGAAGAGAUUGCUGCAGAUCUGCGGCUGGUACCACGAGGGUAUCAGCUGGCAGCAGAGCGAGAACCUUCUCAAGGACGCGCCCAUAGGUCGCUGGCUGAUGAGGGACAGCUCGGACAGUAGAUACACUUUCGCGGUGUCUGUGAAAACGGCGAGGGGUCCCGCUUCUAUUAGGGUGCACUAUUUCCUCGAGCACUUUCGGCUCGACGCCGAGCCGAAGUUAGCGUUGGCGAUGCCAUUUUUCAAUUGUCCGAUCAAAAUGCUGGAGCACUACGUCGAGUACUCGAAGAGGAUGGACGAGCAUCGCAGGGAGGUGUGGGUCGACUACAGCGGACAACUGUACAGCCAGAUCUAUCUGACCAGUCCUCUUGUCAAGGAAGUGAGAUCGCUGUCGCAUCUGGCUAGGCUCGCCGUGAACCGAAGCAAAUUGCCCACUGACUGUUUACCGCUCUUAAUUAAAAACUACAUCAAGGAAUACCCGUAUACGCUUUGAGUGUGUAAUCACACAUCACACGAUGCGUUUCUCUUCCGAUAUACAUAUGUAUAUACAAACAUACAUACAUAUAUAUAU